GCUCUUUUUUGAUUUGUCUCUCAAAUAUCUUGCUCCUCUGAACGUCGCCUCCAUCGCAGUCCUCAGUGAAUCCUAAUCCAAAGGUACUUCUUUCUCUUAUCACUCUGCUCUCCUUCUCUAUUCUCUGCUUACGAAACCCUAAUCAAAGCCUACCUCAAUUUUCUAAAUCCCAUCAAUUGCCCAAUGCACCCCACUUCAUUUUACCAAACCCUAAAACCCCAAAAACCAUGAAACUCAUCACUGACCCAAUCAUGCCCAAAACCUCAGUCCUAUCCUCUGGGUGCCUCACCCAUCGAAACCCAUUCGCCAAGAUCUUAACUUUCACCCGCAAUCACGGCGAAUGCAAGCUACCAGCAAGAGCUUACGCUGCUUAUUCCACUUCUGCUCCAAAGAGAGCGUCUCCCCCUGUCCACGGACGCAGAACGCAGAACCCCAACUCCCCCCCCUCCCUUUACUCAAGGCCCAGCUUGCUCCAGAUGAAGAACGACAAGGCCGCGAACCGGGUUAGGGUUUAUGAGUUCCUUCGCGGGCUCGGGAUAGUGCCCGAUGAAUUGGAUGGGCUUGAAUUGCCCGUUACUGUUGAUGUGAUGAGGGAAAGAAUCGAUUUUUUGCAUUCGUUGGGGCUUACUGUAGACGAUAUCAAUAAUUACCCGUUGGCUUUAGGGUGUAGCGUGAAGAAGAACAUGAUUCCGGUGCUCGACUAUCUUGGUACUUUAGGGGUUAGGAAGUCGGUGAUAACUGAAUUUUUGAGAAGGUACCCUCAGGUUCUGCACUCGAGUGUGGUGGUGGACCUUAAGCCAGUGGUCACGUACCUGCAAGGGUUGGAUAUUAGGCCUGUUGAUGUUCCUAGGGUUUUGGAGAGGUACCCGGAGGUGCUAGGAUUCAAACUAGAAGGGACGAUGAGCACUUCAGUAGCUUAUUUGGUGGGCAUUGGAGUUGCAAGAAGAGAAAUUGGGAGAGUUCUUACUCGGUAUCCGGAGAUAUUAGGGAUGCGGGUUGCUCGAAUGAUCAAGCCUUUCGUCGAGUACCUUGAGACCUUAGGCUUACCUAGGCUGGCUGCUGCUAGAUUGAUAGAGAAGAGCCCCCAUAUUCUUGGAUUCGGGUUGGAGGAUAAAGUGAAGCCUAAUGUCGAGGCUCUUGUGGAGUUUGGUGUUAGGAGAGAGUCAUUGGGUUCGGUUAUAGCACAGUAUCCUGAGAUUAUGGGGAUUGAAUUGAAGAAUAAGCUUGUUUCUCAGCUAAGUUUGUUCGAGUCCAAUAUGUUGGCGGGUCGUGAUGAAUUAGGGAAAAUGAUUGAGAAAAUGCCUCAGACUGUUAGUCUCGGUCGUGCGACUGUGUUGAAGCAUGUCGACUUCCUGAAAAAGUGUGGCUUUUCAUUGAAGCAAGUCAGCAAGAUGGUGGUUGGAUGCCCCCAAAUACUUGCUUUGAAUGUCGAUAUUAUGAGCAUGAGCUUCGAGUAUUUUCAGAUGGAGAUGGACAGGGAUUUAGAAGAUUUGGUGGAAUUUCCUGCUUACUUUACUUAUAGUCUUGAAUCUACGAUAAAGCCUAGGCAUCAGAUGAUUGCCAAGAAGGGCUUGAAAUGCUCCCUGGGAUGGUUACUCAAUUGCACGGAUGAAAAGUUUGAAGAACGAAUGAGCUAUGAUUCGAUAGGGAUUGAGGAAAUGGAAGCAGAACCAUCAUUUGACAUGAAUACAUUUUUAGAACCAAGGGAAGAAGAUGAAUCUGAAGAUGAGUAUUCUGAGUAUGAUAAGGACAGUGAGGAUGAGGAUAUGUGAACUCCAUUUGUGCAGUUCUCACUGUAGGUAUUUGUUGAAUACACUUUUCCAUAUCAAAUGACAUCAGAGCGCCUUAGCUGAAUCCUUAAGAGAUUUUGACUGUGAAAGCUGAAUCCUGAAUCCUGUUCAUGAUCUGGUUAUACUCUAGAAGUACUCUCUAAAUUACAGAUGUGUGGCUUUCCAUUCUUAUUGUCGCUAUCAUUCUUGUAAGUUUACAAGCUUUUCAAGUUCAGGGUCUUAUGGUUCU